CCUCCAUCUUCUUUAUAAACCUUUUUCCCCUUUUUCGACUUUAUAAAAACCACAAUUCCCCCAUAAACCCCCACUCAAAGAACCUCCAAGAACAUCACAAUCAUGAGUUAUUACAAUCAAGGCCAGCCCCCAGUUGGCGCUCCUCCUCCACAAGGAUAUCCACCAGAAGGGUACCCGAAAGAUGCUUACCCACCAGCAGGGUACCCGCCACAGGGAUACCCUCCACAAGGGUAUCCGCAGCAAGGAUAUCCACCGCAGUAUGCGCCGCAGUACGGUGCUCCGCCUCCUCAGCAGCAGCAGCAGCAACAAAGUACCGGUUUCAUGGAAGGCUGUUUGGCUGCCCUGUGUUGCUGUUGUUUGCUGGAUGCAUGCUUUUGAAAGAUAUAUGGAUUAGUAGAUGGUGAACAAGUUAUGAAGAUGUCAUUUGGGAAAAUCAAGAAUGUGACUUUGUCACCAAAUUUGGACAUUUCUUUUAUCUUUUUGCAUAUGGUUAUGGAUUUGAAAAUGAACUGACAAUGUACCUAGUAUUUCCUUUCUGCACAUCUUUUAAUGAAUCUGGAGUUUCUGUUUU